AUGACCACCACCGACGCCCCAGUGGUCCUCCUUCUCGGUGCCGGCCGCAACAUCGGCCAGCACACAGCCCAGCACUUCGCCGCCAAGGGCUACCGCGUCGCCCUCACAGCUCGAAACGUCAACGCCGACGACAGUACGGAGACCCAGCUCCAUAUACAAUGUGACCUCGCCGACCCACAGGCCGUGCAUGACGUCUUCUCGCGCGUGAAGACUACCUUCGGAGUGCCAAGCGUGGUCAUCUACAAUGCCUCCAGCUUCACCCUAACCGAUGCCGACGAUGUUUUCAACAAAGUCGCUCCCGAGCAAUUCGCCCGCGAUCUGAACGUCAACAUCGCCAGUGUUUUUAUCGCCGCCAAGCUGGCUGUGGAGGGAUUCGAGACCCUCCCUGCCUCCGCAGCACGGACGUUCCUUUAUACGGGGAACGCCCUGAACACGGUUGCUGUGCCUCCAUUCUUCACGUUGGGGAUUGGGAAGUCGGCUACGGCGCAUAUGAUUGAGUGUGCGGCGAUCGCUUACCGGGAGAAGGGAUACAAGUUCUACUAUGUUGACCAGCGAAAAGCGGAUGGGUCAUCUUCACCGCACAUCGAUGGCGAGGCACACGCGCAGAUAUUUGCAGAGCUGGCCGAGAACCCUGAUCAACAACCGUGGCAACAGACGUUCGUCAAGGGAGAGGGGUACAAGGUAUUUGGCAAGGGAUUCUUGAGCAACUGA